AUGUCGUCUCGCAUCAUCGAUUAUUCCAAGUGGGAUCGACUGAAGUACUCUUCGUCUUCCGAAGAAGAAGAAGAAGAAGACGACGAGGGUGAAAAGGAGAUGGAAAUUGCGAGGAGCGGAGCAGCGCUGGAGAAGCUCUCGCUUUGUUCUUCUUCGUCGUCACCUCUUUGGAACGGGUUGGUGUUGCAUCAUAAGGAUGUUUUUGUCUCGCAUGUGAUUCCGAAAUUGAAUUUGAUGGAUCGGUUUUUCUUUUCGAAGGUGAAUACAGAGAGUCGGGGUGUGCUUGAAUACGCCGGGGUAAACGUAUCGGGAUUAGGUUUGAUUGUUCACGAAUGUUCAUCCAUUUUGACGUUGGAAUGGGCGUGGAAUCACAUUCCCUGGGGAGAGAAAUUUGAAGAUGGAACGGUGAGAGAUCAAGCCUGGUUUUGCGAGCAAGUUGCUCUAACGAACAAACUCGAGUUUCUCAAGUGGGCGAGAGAAGUGAAACAGUGCCAGUGGGAUGAAGAGACGAUUAAAGCGGCAGCAGCUAAAGGUAAUCUCGAGAUGCUGAAAUACUGCUUCUCUAAUGGUUGUCCGUGUGAUGAAGAAGAGUCGUGUAAACAUGCUGCUUAUAUGGGACGCCUCGACUGUCUUCGAUUUCUUUUCACCAAAGUGAACCCUUCGCGAGAGACGGAAGAAGAUGCGGCACUACGGGCAGUAGGCUGUGGUCACUUGGAGAUCUUGAAAUAUUUCGUCGAAGAAAGAAAGAUAUCUGAGGGGGUAAAGAGAGCGUGCGUGUACUUCACUGCAAAGUAUGGCCGCCUCGAUUGCCUCAAGUACUUAGUCGAAGAGGCGAAAGUACCUCUUAACGACUGGGAAUACAUCGCUUUCGCUCGGUAUUACGAACACCCCGACUGCGAAAAUUACUUGCUCGAAAAAGGGUCUCCAGAACCAACGGACGAAGAAUACGCUGCUUUUGCCGAGAGCGUGCGAGCGCGAGAGUCUCAGCAGGGGAACAGUUUCCAUUGA